AUGGCUUGGGUAGGCAAAGUAAGGGGCUCAGACGAAAGCCAGAGCUGACGUUAGAGCUAAUCCUAAGGCUAAAGCUCAUGCUUGUGCUCAAGCUUAGGUUCGGGCUCAGGCUCAGGCUCAGGCUCAACCCCAGGCUUAGGCUCAGGCUCAAGCUCAGGUUCAGGCUCAGGCUCAGGCUCAGGCUCAGGCUCAGGCUCAGGCUCAAGCUUAGGCUCAUGCUCAUGCUCAUGCUCAUGCUCAUGCGCAUGCUCAUGCUCAUGCUCAUGCUCAUGCUCAUGCUCAUGCUCAUGCUCAUGCUUAUGCUUAUGCUCAUGCUCAUGCUCAUGCUCAUGCUCAUGCUCAUGCUCAUGCUCAUGCUCAUGCUCAUGCUUAUGCUUGUGCUUGUGCUUAUGCUCAUGCUCAUGCUCAUGCUCAGGCUCAAGCUCAUGCUCUAGGUUAA